AUGGAUAUCAAAUUUCAACGAUAUUGCUGUAACGUUGUGACACGAGUGAAAGCUAAACUUGGUUAUGGGACCAGCUGGCGAAUGGUCAAAGAUGAUGCUUAUUACUUAGAACAAGAAGGACUGAGUGCUCCCGAGUGUUUUAUCUAUGAUGAAACAUUUAUUUCAGGCUGCAUUUCUUUGAAGAAGGUGAAGUUCAAAACAAAACUAGAACAUGAAUACAUAAACAACUUUAAAGUCCUUCAGGCAGCUUUUAAGAAAGUGGGAGCAGACAAAAUCAUUCCAAUUGACAAACUUGUAAAAGGAAGGUUCCAAGACAACUUUGAGUUUCUCCAGUGGUUUAAGAAAUUCUUUGAUGCUAACUACGAUGGACGAGAGUAUGAUCCUGUGGAGGCAAGAGGGGGCAUUUCUGUUGGUGCUGCUAAUGAUCGACCUAUUGGAAGGGCUGGUAAGUUCAGUUUUGUAAAAGAGUUUUUCAGUGAAUUUUGGAAUUUUUUUAGAUACCAGGAAAUUUAACACUUUUAAAACAUUGUCAAAUGCGUGAAACAAUUAUACCUGACCGUCUAAUUUCCAUUACAACUAAAUGAAAAUGAUAAAAUGCGGAUAUGAGGAAUUAUGUAGUUUCGUAGCAUGACAUAUGAAGGAUUUUUUUAAAUCUCUGCUUGUAUUAGAUCUGCAAUGUCAAGUGUAAUACGUUGCUUGAAGUGCAUAGUGUGUCGUGUUACUGUUUUGCAAGAGAAGGAUUAGAAGAAACCAGAUGAGUUCUGAUGAUAUAUAUUGUUGCUUCAGCGAGUCACAUGAUUACUGUGACGCCACGUUCCUAGAACUAUCCUGUACCUUGGCGAAUGCUCUAGCAUUUACUAGAUAUAGGGUAGU